CCACCCUCAGGAACGCGCCUCCGCUUCAAGAACGCUCGGUCCAAGAAGCCGCAGCAGGCCAAGAAGGUCCCGUCGCUCAAGAACCGCAUCCGCGGCCUCGAGCGCUUCCUCAGUCGCGGGGGACUGGCUGAUGCCACGCGCAGAGCCAAGAAGGCCGAGCUGCAGCAACUCAAGGAUGAGCACGAGAAGAAGGAGCAAGUUGCACAGGAGAAGAAGAAUGCCGAGAAGUACAAGAGACCGCGCUUUUUCGAGCGUGUGAAGGUCAUGCGGAAGCUGCGCCAGGCCAAGAACCGUAUUGAGCAGGCGAAUGACGACUCGGAGCGUGCUGAACACGAGAAGAAGUUCAAAACGUACCGUGAGCAAAUGAUGUACAUCUACUACUACCCAAAGAGCGAGCCGUACAUCUCGCUGUUCCCGUCGGCGCCUCACUCCGAGGAGAACCAGAAGCGCCAGAAGGAGCUGCGUGCUGAGGCCAUCGCCCGCUUCGAGAAGGAGCAGCCCACGGAGGCGUUCCACCAGUUCUGGUUCAACGACGGGAAGUCAAAGGAUUCCAGCUCGGGAAGCGAGGCGCGGCCUGCUGUGGAGCUGCUGCUCAAGAAGCCGACCAAAGAUAUGGUUAAGAAGCAGAAGAAGGCUCGCAGCAAGCGAGACAAGUCGGGCGAGAAGCCGAAGCACACUCCGGCGCUUGUCGACCAGGACGACGACGAUGAAAUGCCGGACGCAGCGAAGGCGGAGAGCGACAAGGGCGAAGAGGAACAGGAGGAGCAGGAGGAGGACGACGACUUCUUUCUGUAA